UCCUCCCACCCGCCUCUUCUUCUCCUUGUUGCUCUUGUCGUCACAAGUUUGUUAUAAUGGCCAAGAGCAAGAACAACAAGCCUCAAUCAUCUUCGGGCUCUGACCCAACUCCUCCUCCUCCUCCCAGGAUUACAUCAAAUGUCCGCCAGAAUCUGCAGCUUUUGAAGUUAUGGAAGGAGUUUCAAAAGAGAAAGACUAGCGCACCCAAGCAUUCUACUAGGUACAGGAGAAAGAAGGUGAUCAAGGAUGACGUUCCCGAUGAUCCGGAACUCUAUCGUGAUCCCACCACCACUCUCUACUAUACAAACCAGGGUUUUGAGAAUGCAGUGCCUGUCUUGCUUGUUGAUGGGUACAAUGUGUGUGGCUAUUGGGCCAAGCUCAAGAAACAUUUUGUCAAUGGGAGACUUGAUAUCGCACGCCAGAAGCUCAUUGAUGAGCUUGUCACUUUCAGCAUGCUUAGAGAGGUGAAGGUGGUAGUUGUAUUUGAUGCCAUGAUGUCUGGACUACCCACGCAUAAGGAAGAUUUUGCCGGCGUUGAUGUCGUUUUCUCAGGUGAAACUUGUGCUGAUGCAUGGAUUGAAAAAGAGGUUGCAGGUUUAAGGGAGGAUGGAUGCCCUAAAGUUUGGGUUGUGACUUCUGAUCAUGUUCAGCAGCAUGCAGCACAUGGAGCAGGAGCCUUCAUUUGGAGCAGCAAGGCACUGAUUUCUGAGAUUAAAGCAUCACAGAAGGAGGUUGAGAGGAUGCUUGAAGAACACAGGUCCACUUCUUUUCAAGGGAGGUUAUUAAAGCACAAUCUUGACUCAGAAGUUGUAGACGCUCUCAAGGAUCUUAGAACAAAGUUAUCUGAAACUGAACAAAAGUAG